AUGCAUGGACUAGCUACCACUAGCACUACCAGCUGCUGCAUGCGUAUACACCUCCAUCAAGGUCGUCCGGUGGAUUGGACAGGAAUGCUUCUCGAUCGGCACAAGAAUGCUGCACCUAUAGGGGGCGGUAGUGAUUUUAAUCGUACGUCUGUACGAAGGCGGCUGCCUCCUGGACAGCCUACAGCGAAUGUAGAUGAGCCACUGGAUGAAUGUAGACGGUACACAAGCAGGAGAGGCAGAAGGGAGAUCCUCGUCUUCGCCAUUGGGUCGGAUGUAGAUGAGGCACAAGAAAGACCCUCCUACUCAGACGAGCAACACAGUACUAGUUCUUCAUCUAGAGAGACGCGACUUCCUGGGCAGCUUAAUGACGCCGGACGUAAUUACGAGGCCGGCACUCGGCAAAGUGCUUAUGCUGAGGGUGUACAGCUUGAGAGUUUGCAGCUUGCUCUAAGGUGUUACGCAUGGAAUUCAGUGCCAUCUCUAAGGUGAUGCGUAUGCUGAUGCCCUUGGAUCCUUGCAGCAACUUGGGAGACUCUGACGCACAUGAAGAACAUGCGCAAACAUGCUGAACCUAAAAACCUCAGACGAGAAACCUGGCCGAUACUUAUCGCCAACAACAUGCGCCACAGUCAAAGCCAGCCAGUGCGGCCUCUUCCUCUUUCUUUGGCUUUAUUUUCAAAGCUUGAAUCUAGGCGGCUUUUAGCCGUUGAAGCUGAAUCAUCAAAGUAAGCGCGCCAAUUCUUAGAGUAGUUUCCCACUACUCUAGAUUCAGCACGGUAGUGCUGCGCUCUUUCUUUUCCUCCAUCAGAAUCCAUCCCAGCAUAAGGCUUCUCCUGCUCCAUCUUGGGCAAGGGGUUCCCAAGGGGAAAAGGCGCACGAAAUGCCUCCCAAGAUGAAUCAGGAGGACGAGCGCUAAUUAUGGACGAUAGACCCUGUUGUAGAAAAAGCUGCCUCCUUUCAGUCUGCGGACCUCAGGAAUUGCUCUACGCAGUCCGCUCGGGUGCAGCGGCCGCUGGUGACGAACGAUCAGCGUCGUUUACCAUUCGUGAUGAACUAUUUGAAUGGUGAGGGAGUCUAGCAUCGAACUCAUAUUAUGUCUAGUUGUAUCUUUUGCUUUUCUUCUAAAGAUGCAGACCAGCAUCGCUUAUUUGUCUACUAAGAAAGUGCUACUAGAACGUGAGCUAGUGAUGGACUUCCACCUGGAAUGGAGUGGAAUAGUUUGCGAAACUGCAAAUAAGACAGUAGUUGAACAGAAUGGGGCAGUGCUGCUGCAGGAACUGAGGACUCAUUUUUUUCUAGGCGUAUCAUGAAAGGCGUAACAUUUUUCAAUUAUGGGCUUACUUAGGGUUUUUCUAUUAUAUGAGAUGAAUGUAAGUAGCCGUAUCAUGAAUAGCGGAGUACUAUUUUAUUGUUGAUGAAAAUCUUCAGGCUAUCUUAUUCUUGGCUACAAGUAAGUUCUUUCCUCUAUCCUUGUGAGCUGGCACCCAUGAGAAGGAUGAGAUCCCUGGGAGAACUUACUGUGAGCACCUUCCUCCUUUCCAGGAAGAAGGACCUCAUGGGCAGAAGUAGCCCUAAUACGCGUAUUAGAGAUACAAUAUUUUAACUAGCUAAUUUACUUUUAAACCUCACCUCAUCUCCAACCAUUGUAGGACAAUAAAACUCAACGCCACCCUUAGGAAACAACAUGAAAAAGAUUAAAACAAAAACGAAGCUUCUCCUUGUAUAGCUUGCUAUACUCGUAUGGUCUUCGCUGCCUUCUUGGCACAACUUGUUCUGAGUUCUAGGCUCUGAAAGAUGUUACUUUUUUGAAAAAGACAAUCUGGCCUUUGGUCUUCCACGGUCCACCUGAUUACUGUUGAUGAAUGGCACGUAUCUAAUUGUCAUGUUAGGAGGAGAACAUGGCGUUGAUUCUGAAGAUGAUUAACAUUGAGGUGGUUUUCGUGAACAGAUCACGUUGCUACGACGCUGAUCAUUGACGUCGUUGCUGUGAACAGAUCUUCAAGAUGUUACAUUAAAGAUACUCAGUCGUAAGAACACACCACUGCGUUCUGACUGGGCAGUAUUCGUGACACAUGCAUUGCGAGGACCACAUCAUCAGUACGUAAAAAUGUUUUGAAGUGGCUUGUUGUGGAGCAAAACUUUGACGGCUUCUCGCUAGAGUGUGUUGCUGCAGCGACCGUCUUCAC